ACUUAUCCACUCUGACGCAUCCAGCCACGGACGACGACGGCGACGGCGACACAGAGCCGAAAUGGCAUCGUCCUCUUCACCUUCGCAGCGACGGCGGGCGAACCCGCUGGCCAUAGUCGGUGGUCUUCUGGCACUUGGCGGCCUCGGGUAUGCCGUUUACACCUACGUCUCUGCGCCCGUCGGGCCUCAUUCGCCAGCCGAUGGGCGAGCGUCGAGUUCAAAGAAAAAGAUUGCCACAAAACGGCCGUCGAUGUCUCUCUCCCUCCCGCCGACAUUCGCGCGAACGCCUCGGGCCAUGUCGAUCCUUCGCCGUCUGCUUGCCGAUCUCUCUGCCGUCUACGUCGUGACGCUCAUUUCGCCGCCUCCUCAACACGCAGCCAACGCCAACGCUGCGGUCGUCUCUAACGGUACGGCCCUUUUUGGCAACGACGACGACGAAGAGGAGGGGAAGGAGGAGGAGGCAGGUGCUGUCACAGGCGGCGGCGGUGACGUGGGCAUUGCCAGUGUGGCUGCCCUGGCCGAGUCGCUCAAGGAUGUCGAUGGCUUUGAUCAGCGCCGCGUCCUCGAGUACGAAAAGCCAGAGGGGAGAAUGUCGCUGGGGCGCGCGCUGGCAUGCGAUGCACACGUCGAGGUGCUCUUGCAGCAGCAGCAACAGCACAGGAGGCAUGGGCGGGACAGCGAGCCCGGCGACGAAGAGGGUGAUGACGACGAUGGAGACAGCACACCACGCGCCGGCUCGCCCGUCUUUGGCAGCUCUGCGUCGCUGUCGAGAAAGCAGAGGGAAAAGGCAAAGGAAGAUGGCAGCAGCCUGAAAAAGUACCAGUUAGGCCUGGAGCAGCUCCGCAAGGCGACGGGCGUCCUCGUCGUCCUGGCCCUUGCCUCGCUGCAGGAUGCGGAUUCGACGGCCUUUGUCGAUCAGCGGCCAAGGGUGGGCCAGAACGGGUCAGCUAAGCCAGGCGAAGCGAGGCUGCAUCAGGGUGGCGAGCUGGAUCCGGACCAGAUCCUGGGUGCCUUUCGCGAUGUUCCUGGCGUCAAGACUAUCGACUGUCGUGGUGCUUACGGUGACGAAGGCUGGAAAGAGGCUGCCGACAUGCUUGUGGGGCUUAGGAGCGGGUGGAAGUAGUGCACUUCUUAG